CGAGCCCCUACUGGAGUAACCGGGAGGCAGUAGCGUUGCACAGCGAGUCCCCGCCACCCGCCCUGGAGGAGCCGAACGGAGGGAAGUGAGCCGCCGUGUGACCGCCGUACAGGAACCAAACGAUGCGAGCGCUGCUCACCUCCGCCUAGUAACACUUCCUAUCGACUAUUGGAAAGAAGAGCACCGUUACCGUGAUUUACAGACUGAAAAACAAGGAAAAAGACGGGGGACUGACGGCCAGCUGGACGGACAGACCACCACCGAGACCACGUUUGAGAAAGCAACAACUGCGGUGGCUACAUCGUGUUGUUUCAGCGCCGUGGAUCAGACCGAGCGGAUCCUUACAUUUAAAUGCUGUAACGGUGCCGAGUCCCCGGCUUGAGAGCGAGAGAGGGAGCUGCCCAGAGAGCGAGAGAAAGAGGGAGCACUGAGGGAAAGCAUAGCACAGAAAAAGGAGGAAAUUAACUCGAAAGAAGAAGAGGAUUUGCAAGCAGUUUUGUUUUUAACCACAAGUUUCAUUGACGCCAGCUUUUGUUGCUUUUUUUCUGCCGUGGAUCCCGGUAUCGGUAACGCUAUCAAGCUGUGUUCUCUAACCAUGGGAUGUACUCUGAGCGCAGAGGAGAGGGCGGCUCUGGACCGGAGCAAAGCCAUCGAGAAAAACCUCAAGGAGGAUGGUCUGACCGCGGCCAAAGAUGUGAAACUACUGCUGCUCGGGGCUGGAGAGUCAGGGAAAAGCACCAUCGUCAAACAGAUGAAGAUCAUCCAUGAGGACGGUUUCUCUGGUGACGACGUAAAGCAGUACAAGCCCGUGGUUUACAGCAACACCAUCCAGUCUCUGGCGGCCAUCGUGCGUGCCAUGGACACACUGGGAUUGGAGUACGGAGACAAAGAACGGAAGGCGGAUGCUAAGAUGGUGUGUGACGUGGUCAGUCGUAUGGAGGACACAGAGCCUUACUCUGCCGAGCUGCUCUCCGCCAUGAUGCGUCUGUGGUCCGACUCAGGCAUCCAGGAGUGUUUCAGCCGCGCCCGCGAGUACCAGCUCAACGACUCAGCGCAGUACUACCUAGACAGCCUAGAUCGGAUCGGUGCGGCAGACUACCAGCCCACAGAGCAGGACAUCCUGAGGACCCGAGUGAAGACCACAGGCAUUGUCGAGACACACUUUACCUUCAAAAACCUUCACUUCAGGCUGUUUGAUGUCGGAGGUCAGAGGUCGGAGAGGAAGAAGUGGAUCCACUGUUUCGAGGAUGUCACAGCCAUAAUUUUCUGUGUGGCGCUCAGUGGAUACGACCAGGUGCUGCACGAGGACGAGACCACGAAUCGCAUGCACGAGUCCCUGAUGCUGUUCGACUCCAUCUGCAACAACAAGUUCUUCAUCGACACCUCCAUCAUCCUCUUCCUCAACAAAAAGGAUCUGUUUGCAGAGAAGAUCAAGAAGUCUGCACUGAGCAUCUGCUUCCCUGAAUACACAGGACCAAAUACCUACGAGGACGCCGCAGCCUACAUCCAAGCACAGUUUGAGAGCAAGAACCGCUCUCCGAAUAAGGAAAUCUACUGUCACAUGACCUGCGCCACGGAUACAGGAAACAUCCAGGUGGUGUUUGACGCCGUGACCGACAUCAUCAUUGCCAACAACCUUCGAGGGUGCGGCUUGUACUGAGCAAGCCCAACUGCCCCCGUAUUGUCCACCCUCUUUGUCCCCUCCUCUCUCUCACCCAUCCUGCCCUCCUCCUCCUCCUCCUCUCCCCUCCUCCUCGCCUCUGUUCCUUUGACACUGCUGUGGAAAUGAUGAUGGUGAUGAUGACGAUGAUGAUUCUGCUGAUUAUUUAAAGAAAAAAGAAAGAAAAAUGCAACUAGGUACAUAUUAAUAAUGAGGAUAAUUUAAAAAAUAGGCAUACGUAUAUAUAAAUAUAUAUAUAUAAUGUUUUUAGUUCCUGUCUUUCUCUCCGACUCACUCCGACUUCUCCUCCUGAUGUUCUUUGGCGCUGCCGAUCAAACGCGUCUGUUUGAAUAGAAAACAUGAAACCCUGCAGCCUUGGAAACUUCUUGAACAAAGUCAAUGAAAGCCUCCUGUUCUGCUCUCUUUUGCUUUCUCAGCUGUGUCUUUUGUUGUUAACAAAAACAAACCUGUACUUUUUUUUUUUUGCAGAUUUUUUUAUUAUUACUAUGAAUAUGACUGCUGUUUUAUUUUUGUUGAUCGUGUGUAUAUUUAUUACAUGAGUAUCAGUCUGUACACUGAUUUUUAUUCACAUUUUGCCUCACCUUGACACCUUUAUUUGUGUAUUAUGUCAGUUGUUAUUUUUGCUAAAGUAGUGAUUAUGUAUUAAUUUUGCAGAAAUGUUAAAAUGAUGAUAGCACUAAAGAAAAAAAAAGCAGGUCGGUGAAAAAACCUUAAAAAAAAACUCGAGACCUCCUGAAACUGAUGACAGCGAUUUUAACAUUACUUUUUGUUUACAUUAGUGGAGACAUUUUAAGAUGUUUGUUGUCAAACUUAUUUUUUAAUUUUUAAUUUACAGGUAGUGAGGCUUCCUGUUUUCCCCACCUGGCCUUAGCCGUUAGCCAAUCACUAACCAGGGCCCAGCCUGAGAGCCAAUAGGAAAUGUGCUAAAUGUCCUAUCAGUGCCAUGUAACAGAGGUACUGUUCUGUAGAUAGCUUUUAGAAGCAAGUACACAUAAGUCUACUUUCCUCACUGUUAUAACCUCUAGACCUACUAACAUUCUACAUGUCAGGAAACUCACUCCUGCUCUGAUUACGGUGGAUUAAUUUAUUAAUUUAUUUAUUGAUUGAUCGUCCUUCACAUCUCUCCUCUUUCUCUCUUUCUCUCUUCAUUUACACACCACCACCAUGCCUUCACUCCUCCCACCCACUCACAUGUCUCUCUUUGUUUUUGCUUUCAUUCUGCAUGGUGCCCUCAUGUCCUCCUUUCAGGGUCAAAGGGCCUCUCCUUUCUCUCCCCUCCCGUACCCAGACUUUCCCUCUUCCUCCCAAAGCCUUGACACAGAUAGCAUGAGAUACUCAAGCCUUUGUAUAAAGAGAGCAGUUAACUCAUAAAACUUAAAAAAAAGAAAAAGAAGCUUCACACAGGUACUGUUGAGAAAAUAAUUUUUAAAAUGCUUUAAAAAAAUCGCAAAAUGUGAUUUUAAAAAAAAGAAAGAAUAAAAAAACAAAAAAGAGCUACAUGAACAGAUAGCAGCAACAAAAGGAGAGAGGUGAUUGGUCCCUGAAUGGGAUGGGUGGGGUCACGUAUAAAAGAUUAAACAGCUGUCUCGUGAGAGUUGAAAGAAAAAGUGUCGAUUUUUGGAUUCUUGCGCUAAAGCAGAAUUUAAAGUGAGAAUCCACAUCCACCAUAUCUGAUGAAACCAGUGAUCGUGGGUAUUACUGCAACAUAAACAAUGGCGAUCCUGUUAUAUUCUCAAAAGAUAAUCUUUCUUGUGCUUUGUAGCUACCAAACAUUUUCUUCUCUAUAACUCCCUUUUAUAAAAUAAAGAGAUGUUUUGCAAAGGGUUCCUGCUUGACAGCGCGCUGAUUUGGAACCACGACGAUCUCAGACUGACCCCGUGUUGUUGUAUUGCUCUGAACUGUGCCCCUCCCCCCUCUCCUUUUACCAUUUUGCCUGUUUCCCUGCAUUAGAACCGCGUCCUCACUUUAGCCUGACUCAGAACGACUAAAUAUAAUAUUAUAACAAUAUCUAUUUUUUAUUAUUUCAGAAAAAAAAGAUACAGAACCACUUUUUUUUUGGGGAGAGCACGUUUCUCGCUGCGUCUGCUAGUUAGGGGCGCCGCAUGUUCACACAUCAACGCUGUAUAAAGUCAUGCUCCUUUCUUCUUCUCUUCCUACUCCGUCUCUUUUCAGUUCGGCACACAUCUUCCAGGUCUGCAAUGAAAAGCACAGUUCUUACGUCUCACAAACACACAACAUCACGCACUCUCACACACAAUAAGUAGAUUUGGAAAUUGUUCUAUUCAUACCUAAUCUAUGUUACCUCUCAUUGAUCUAUCUAUCCAUUUAUCUAUAUAGACCUCUCUUUCUUGCCCUUUGAUUUCUAGUUUUUAAAAGAGAAAACAACUGUGUAUGAUGACAUGAUAUACCUGUUUCUUUGGCAUUCUGUUCCUGUUAUCUUCAUGAUUUCUUUGAUUUUUAUUUUUUACCUCUUCUCUGUUCUGUUCUUUAUCCAGUGAAUGCUUUUUCUGUGCAGCUUUUUUUCUCUUUCUCUCUCCUCCUCUACUCCUCUUUAGUGAAUGGUUGUUAUUUCAUGUGGGAUGUCCGUGCUGGAAAAACCAAUCGAAUGUAGUGUUUACAUUAAAAAGCCACUG